AUGUUGCGUACUCGACGUUUUGUGUGCAUUAGUAUACGUGUAUUAAUUGUUGUAAUUUAUUACAUUGAUUGGAGACUUGAAAUGGAGCAUCGGGCUAGAAAACGAAUCCGUGAAGUGAAGCGGAAAGCUAGACCAGAGUUGAAUGAUAAGGGUGAUUGGGCACAAUUGAAUUACACUGAGAACUUUGCCCAAUUUUCCAAAGUUGAAGAUGAUUGCGAGAGAAUUAACGUGAAUAAUUGCUCCCCUCAAGAGUUUAUUGAAAAAUACGAGAGUAAAUACAAGCCAGUUGUUAUCUUAGGUGUUCAAGAUAACUGGAAAGCGAAAUGCAAGUGGACUCUAGAGAGGCUGGCCAAGAAAUACAGGAAUCAGAAAUUUAAGUGUGGUGAGGAUAAUGAAGGCUACAGUGUGAAAAUGAAGAUGAAGUAUUAUGUUCAGUAUAUGUUGACUUCCCAAGAUGACAGUCCUCUGUAUAUAUUUGAUAGCAGCUUUGGUGAGCAUGCUCGACGAAAGAAGUUACUAGAAGACUAUGAAAUUCCUAUUUAUUUCCGAGAUGACUUAUUUAAGUAUGCAGGGGAGGAACGUAGGCCUCCAUACCGUUGGUUCGUAAUGGGACCAGCACGGUCGGGUACAGGCAUUCAUAUUGAUCCUCUAGGAACUAGUGCUUGGAAUGCUCUUGUUGUUGGGCAUAAAAGCAUUUGUCAGUGUGUGAUUGCACUUUUAGGUGUUUGUAUUAUACAUGAGAUAAUAUUAACUGUUUGUAGGUGGUGUCUGUUUCCUACUCAUACUCCUAAAGAAUUACUGAAGGUCACCUCAGAAGAUGGUGGCAAACAGCGAGAUGAGGCUAUAACCUGGUUUAAAGUCAUUUAUCCUCGUACUAAACUUCCUAGCUGGCCAAGUGAUUGCAAACCGGUUGAGAUUUUGCAGAAGCCAGGUGAAACAGUAUUUGUUCCUGGGGGUUGGUGGCAUGUAGUGCUAAAUCUUGAUACAACUAUUGCUGUUACCCAAAACUUUUGUAGCCGCACCAACUUCCCUAUAGUAUGGCAUAAGACUGUUCGAGGAAGACCAAAACUUUCUCAGAAAUUUUAUAAAGUAUUGAAGGAGAAAGAACCAGCUCUUGCAGCUGUUGCUGAUAGUAUAGAUCUGUCAAAGGGCACAGGUGUUGCCUCAGACAGCUCAAGCGGGUCUACUUCUAGCUCAAGUGAUUCAGACGAUUCAUCAUGCUCUUCCUCAAGUAAAAGUGAAGAUGAUAGUGGCCAGGAAUCUCUGUCUGCUCAUAAAAAAAAGAAAAGGAGGCAAGUUGAAACUCUUGCUUGUGUUACAUCUUGGUUUGUCAUAGCAGAUGUUCUUCCAGGAAAUAAGGUAAGGCAAGCUAUAAGAAUUCGAGAAAUAAACAUGGCUAUAAUCAUAUUUACCAUCUCAUUAGCAGAAAUGAAAUUGAAAGGAAAUGAGAAGUUGUGGUUCCAUAUCAGUGGCCACAGUAUUUUGUUACAUGAUUCAUGGAAUCCUGGCUCCUGUUUUCCUUGA